CGUUUGAUUGAAUUUAGAGCAGGCAAUGUUGGGCACUCUAUGUGUACGUACGCAAGAAAAAGGACCCUUCUAAGAUUGCGGAAGUGGAGCAACUAAUUCCUAUUGAUAGGUUCUGUAGAAUGAUUAAGUGGGAUGGAUGAAAACAAUGGCUGUGGGGAAGUGGACUAUUUGCUGCAAGAUGAAGACUCACUCAUAGAAGGUGUCAGCAACCCAGUCCUCUUCGUGGUCGUUCUCAGUGUCACGUUCCUGUGUGGUCUGGUAACUCUGCUCUGCAGAAAUGAGCAGCAGAACAUCCAUCCAGAGAACCAGGAACAUGUACGCGCCGUCCGGCAGCAGCUGCAGUCUGAAUUACAGGAAGGAGAAUCGGCAGAGCCUAGGCAACAGUUCUACACAGACAUGUCCUGCCCUGUCUGUCUGCAGCAAGCAGUGCUGCCUGUGGAAACCAACUGUGGACACCUGUUCUGUGGUUCUUGUAUAAUUGCUUAUUGGAGAUACGGGACUUGGCUUGGUGCAAUUAACUGUCCCAUCUGCAGACAAAUGGUCACACUGCUGUUCCCACUCUUCCAUGAGCAUGCCUCUCCGCAGCAGGUUCAGGAUGGAACCGUGGAACCCCUCCUCAUCCUCCGGGAUCUCAACGAUUACAACCGCAGGUUCUCCGGACAGCCCAGAUCUCUGAUGGACCGAUUACGUGAUGUUCCCACAUUGCUGCGCCACCUCUUCAGGGAGAUGUUCUCCGUGGGGGGGCUUUUCUGGAUGUUCCGUAUACGUAUUCUGCUGUGUCUGUUUGGGGCCCUCGCCUACCUGGCCUCGCCACUGGACUUCAUCCCUGAGGCUCUGUUUGGCCUCCUGGGGUUCAUGGACGACUUCUUUGUCAUCCUCCUCCUCUUCAUCUACAUCUCCAUCAUGUAUCGAGAGGUGGUGACCCAGAGGCUGGCUGGGUGAUUCUGUGACACCCGUUUAGCUCUAUUCAAACUUUGUCUGCUCGAACCGCAGAGACCGAGGUGUUUUCCUUUAUGCGAGAACAAAAUGUCUAGAGUGUCUGAUAAUGACGUUUUAGGUUUAUAACCCUCUGUGAGGACUGUGCUCUCUGUUGCUAUGGACUGGAUUUCCACCACUGGAGUGGGGACUAAAUUCUGGGUCUACUGGUAUAAUGACAUCUAUUGGCAAUAGUCCUGUAGUUUUGAAAUAUUGAGAUUAAUGCCACAAUGUCUUAUUGUUUCAUCUGUUAAAAUGGGAACCUAUUUUAUCCACUAAUCCAAAAAUGUUUUGAGAAAUUGGCUUACCAAGCACGAUUGUAUGCUGUUCUAGUUUUAUAUACUGUCCUUUGUCCAGUUUGCGCGUGUAGGGGUGUAGGGGGCGUGUAGGGGUGUA